AUGUGGCUCCAAAGACACAAAGCUUCUCAUGCAAUUAAUAUGGGGAGAAACCUACAUAAUAAGAGUGAGGCAAAGGAAUCAGCAGGAAGACCAGAUGGUGAACCAUAUUCUCCUAAAACUUCUGAUAUUUUUGUUGUUGAUACUAGCUCAUUAAUCAAAUAUCAAAUUCAUGAAACUUUAGAUAUCAAGGAAGAGAUUAUUCUAGACCAGCAUAUCAAGAGUGAGUCGAAGGAAUCAACAGGAAAACUAGAUGGUCGGCAAUAUUCUUAUAGACCUCCAGCUAUUUUUUUUGCCGAUACCAACACUUUAAUUAAAUACGAAAUUGAUGAAACUUUGGAAAUCAAAGAAGAGAUCAUCCAAGAUCCAGAGACGACAGGCCAAAAACGGAAAGAAAGAUACGAUUUAAAAGUAUGCAACGUGGAUAUAAGAGAAGAUACCAUUUUGGACCUGCAGAUCAAGAGUGAGUCGAAGGAAUCAACAGGAAGACCUGAUGAUGGGCCAUAUUGUUCUCAAAAUCAUGAUAUUUUUUUUGCCAAUACCAAUACUUUAAUUAAAUACGAAAUUGAUGACAGUUUGGAAAUCAGCGAAGAAUUCAUGCAAGAUCCAGAGUAUACAGGCCAACAACAAAAAGAAAAAUACGAUUCAAAAUUAUACACCGUAAAUUUAAGGGAAUCUGUUAUUUUAGAUAUGAACGAACUGCAACCCAACCUGAAGCAGAAAAUUGUGGAGUCAAAACAUGAAAAGAUGCACAGGUGCCAAAAGUGUGGUCGAAACUAUAAGACAAAGAGAUAUUUGGUUCUUCAUACAAAAUUCGACUGUGGCGUCAUGCCACAAUUCGCAUGUAAAUUAUGCGGCAAAAGGUUUACACGAAAAUGUAAUGUUACCCGCCAUAUGAAUUCUGUACAUAUGCGUUUAGCAAAUGCAGCCGUCAAACCAGAAUUUAUGUGUGAUUUUUGCGGACAUAAAGCGAAUAGGAAAUGUAACUUAGCAGACCAUAUUACUUCUCGCCACUUACAGACAUCAACACAAAGGUAUAAUUGCGACAAAUGUUUGCGAAGUUACACUUGGUCAAGUGCUUUGAAUCGGCAUAAACGUUUAGAGCAUGGAGCAGUCAAGCCUCAAUUUAUUUGCGACUAUUGCGGCUACAAAACGAGUAUGAAAAGUAGCUUGUCAAGACACAUUACUUCAUGCCAUUUAAAGUAAUUCAGUAGUGAAUCAAAAAGUACCUUAUUUCCUCAUAUUAAAUGCGUGUAUGUUUAUUAAAAUGAAUUUGAUAAGAAUCACUGCAUAAUCCUCAAUUUUACUUUUUGAAGGUUCCGAAAUAGUAAAUUUACUCUCUAUCAAUGCUGACUGAUCAAUGCCAUAUAGCAUUGUGAAAUCAGUAACACUAUUAAAUUUUUGGUUACCCAAUUGUAAUAUACGUAUACGGCAUAAAUUUUUAUUUUUGUUGGUUCUGCAAGUAUCGUACAUUAGUAAAGUAUCAAUAAUAGUUUUUAUACGUUUCCACUGUAUGCCAUAUGUUUAAAGGUUGGCCACAUUAUUUCUAUGCAUAAAUUUUGGAGAAAUUUGUUUACA